AGGAGGAGGAGGAGGAGGCGGUGAUGAUGAUGAUGAAGUCACACACCCCCAGUGGGCGGUACCGGUAGUUCUGGGGCCGCUGUUGGAGGUCGGGACAGCAGGUACCUGCAGGUACCAGCAGGGGGCGCUUCCCCGGGGCGGGGGCUUUGCGUGACCGGCCACGGCCCCCUGAGCAACGCCCGCCCGCCCGCCCGCCCUCCGCACGUCCCCCGCACGUCCCCGGCCUCUCUCUCCGCUCUCCCACCCCCGCACCAACACCAGCGCCACCACCGCCACCCACCGCGCGAUCGCUCGGACGUCGGAGUGGCCGCAGAGCGGACGGGGCGAGCGGGCGAGACGGGCACAGAGGGACGCGGACAGAGAGGCGGGCGGUGGGAGCGGUCGAGGCGAGCGAGCCGGGUAAACGGAGAGGGAGAGCGAGACGGGAGGGCAGAGCGGAGGCACGCGGAGGGGGGGAACUGCGCGCAAUGAAAAUCUCUCGCCAUUGGUGAUCGUUGUAGGAGAGAGAGAGAGUGGGGGGGGUAGGUGCGAGAGAGCGGGACACGCGUAGGUAGCGGUGUUUACCCGGGGGUUUGACCUUAGUACGCGUGCCCUUUGCGCGAGGAUGAUGGUGGUGGUGGUGAUUACGCGCGCCGUGGCUUUGCCGUAAGACAUCGUUUGCUCCUCAUCAUCCUGCGACUCCCGUGUCUUCACCUCGUCUGAGCCUAUACACUUUUUGACAUCAUCAUCAGCAGCAGUGAGAUCACUACCAUCAUCAUCAGUGAGAUAACGACCAUCAUCAUCUCUCUGGAGGCCACAGACCUGUGCAGUGAUUGCAGCUAACGCGUUGAAUUCUAUAUCAUCAUCACCAUCAUCACCAUCGUCAUCACCAUCGUCAUCAGCUCCUUGGAGGCCACAGACUCGUGCAGUGAUUGCAGCUAACGCGUUGAAUUCUAUAUCAUCAUCACCAUCAUCACCAUCAUCAUCACCAUCAUCACCAUCAUCAUCACCAUCGUCAUCAGCUCCUUGGAGGCCACAGACUCGUGCAGUGAUUGCAGCUAACGCGUUCAGUUCUUCAUCAUCGUCCUCAUCACUAACAACAUCGUCAUAUUCUUGGAGGCCAUAUACCGGCACAUCAUCUACAUCAUCUGAAUCACCAUCUCCAUCAUUACCACCACCACCAUCAUCAUCUUCGUCAUCAUCAUUAUCAUCUGAAUCACCCGGAGCAAGCAGCAUGCCUCUGAAGAGCAAAUACAACCUCGUGGAUGAUGGAUACGAUUCGAGGAUUCCUCUACACAUCGACGAUGCCUUCCACCACGGCAUCCAGUUCCAGGCCAAGUACGUGGGUAGCCUGGAUGUCCCGCGACCCAACAGUCGGGUGGAGAUUGUGGCCGCCAUGAGGAGGAUUCGGUACGAGUUCAAGGCGAAGAACAUCAAGAAGAAGAAGGUGUGCAUCGCCGUGUCCGUCGACGGGGUGAAGGUGGCGCUCCGCAAGAAGCCGGCGGCGCUCCGCAAGAUGACGAAGAAGGAGUGGGCGUGGGAUGAAAGCAAGAUGCUGGUGAUGCAUGACCCCAUCUACCGGAUCUUCUACGUGUCGCACGACUCGCAGGACCUCAAGAUCUUCAGCUACAUCGCGCGCGACGGCACCAGCAACGUCUUCCGCUGCAACGUCUUCAAGUCCAAGAAGAAGUCCCACGCGAUGCGCGUGGUGCGCACCGUGGGGCAGGCGUUCGAGGUGUGCCACAAGCUGAGCGUGCAGCACGCGCAGCACGUGCCUGACGGGGACACCGACAAGGGCCCGCUCGGCGGCGUAGCGAUGACCGUAUCGGCACUCGCAGCUAACGGCACGGCCGCGCUCAUGCCAGCCGGGGAGGCAGUGGAGACCGACAUCGAUGCCGAGGACGACCCCUCGCCCGCUGAGCUCGCCGAGCCGGCACGGCGGCCGGGGCUCACCGACCUGGACACGACGGAGCCGCACGCAGAGACGCCGGCACAGGGCCUCCCACCGGCCUCUCCCCAAGCGGCGUCUCCUCCGCACCUGGGCAUGGGCUCUUCUCCCAGCAUGCCCCUCUCCACGCACCACCAGAUCCAGCUGCUGCAGCAGCAGCUGCUGCUGCAGCAGCAGCAGACACAGGUGGCCGUGGCGCAGGUGCAGCUGCUCAAGGACCAGCUGAGUGCCGAGUGUGCGGCGCGCAUGGAGGCACAGGCCCGCACGCACCAGCUGCUGCUGCAGAACCGCGACCUUCUGGGUCACGUGAGCGCCCUCGUCAAGGAGAUCCAGGGCCUGGAGAUCAGCCUGGCCCAGCACACCGGCAGUGCCAGCCGUCUGAGUGUGACCGACAUGUCGUGGGCCACAGCGGUGAGCUCGCCGCCCCAGCCGGCCGUGCUGCUGUGCGGGCCGUGCACGCCGCGGCCGGCCGACGUCGGCCUCUCCCCCGUCGUCGCCGGCGGCCGGGACGCCGGCGGCGGCGACGACUUCGGCCUCCGCCUCGCAGUCGAUCAGAGCCUCUUUGAGAACGCCAGUUUCUCCGCGUCCCCGAUACCCAAGGGUAGGAACAUCAUCGCGGUUAGCACCCCUAUCGGGGUGUCGGCGGCGGCCGGGGUGGGGCCGGGGGUGGCGGCACCGGGGCCCCCCCCCGUUCCCCGGGAGGCCGAGCGGGGACCCCCCACCCCGGGGGGCGGGGAGCGCGCCACCUGGACGGCGCUGGGAGCCGCCGAGCGUUGGCCGAGCGACGCUUGGGACGCGGCGGCGGAGCAAGCGGGACGAGGGGGCGCCGCGUGGAGCACCGCCCCGGCGGCGAUGGCGGCGAUGGCGGCGGGUCCUCACCUGGCGCGCAGGGCCGCCCCCGACACCUUCCCCCGGUUGGAGCCGCCGCCGCCGUCCGCCGCUCGCAAGCGCGUCCCUCGCGCCCUCAAAACGACGCAGGACAUGAUGGUGCCGCCCAGCACCACCGGCAACACCAGCAACAGCUCUGCCACGGAGCUUCACCAUGACGACCGCCACGACCACCACACCGCCACCACCACCACCAACAACACCGACGACGGAGACGACAACAACAACUACGACAACCAUCACCACCACCACCACCACGACCAUGACGACGAUGAAGACCCCUUCUCCUGCUCGGCCGAGAUGCGCCUGCUGUUCCUACAGGAGGAGCCGACGCAGCACUCCUUCGGGAAUUCCUUCUGGGAUUACUCCGGCAGUCCUGACCGCGACUUGGCGGGAUCGGGCGAGCCGACGCUCGCGAACGGCGCGAGCCGGGGGGAGCACGCCGGGGAUGAGACGGCACAGUCCAAGCAGCAGCAGCAGCAGCAGAGCCCCGACAAGGAGUCGGUUCCGAAGUCGAUCCGGAAGGAGCUGGACGCGCUCGGCGUUCCGGAGUCGGAGUCCCGGAUUUCCGGGCGGGAUCCCCUCGAGGAAGGGUCGGAGGAUUCCGGCAUCGUCCGGCAGAGAGACUCCGGCACCUCGGAGGGCGAGCGCGCCGAGGCCCUUGGCCUCGACUGAGCGUGAGCAGCAAAAUGUAAAUCGAUAAUUAAAUAAGUAAAUGUAACAAUCGACGUCCGGAGCAGACGCCUGUUGAGUUCACGACGGGGGCCGGAAGUCGAAGAUGACGAAUCGAUGACGUUUCCCUGCCCUGCCCUGGGAGCACCGUUGUGAAAAUCUUUACGGUCAUUAAUUUUGGCAUCAUCAUCAUCACCGUUGUUGCUAUUUUUUAGUUUUAUUUAAAGUUACGUUUUUUACAACGUUCAUCUCAUCCGAUAGAUUCUGUCUCAUCCCGCGAGUAUUGUUGGGUUAUUAUUUUUUUUUAUUUUAUUAGCUCACCAAUGUCAUCGAAGAGACGGGACGACAGAUUGUUUCCAAACAAGUCCCAGUUCCUUAGCAAUGACAAAUCUCAAAGUGACCGCUUGCGACCGCUCACGCUCAUGGUGACCUUUAACCCCGCGGCCUCCACCAUCAUUUCUGACGCCACAAUCAUUUCCCAGAUGAUGCAAGUCUGUGUUUUUAUUUCUCUUUCGAUCUCGCCUUCGCGUUUGCAUUUCCACAAGCAAGUUGCUGUCAAACGUUGUACUAAUGUGUUUUGCUUUAUACGCAAUGUAUGGUUAUUGUUUUGAUACUCGCCCUUGCCAAUAAGAAUGUGGAAGUUCCAUGUCUGGCUCCGGGCCACCAAACGGGCGAGAUGAUCACUGCCUGGUACCCAAAAAACACUUUUGAGAUGGAUUCCUACCGUGUUGCCGAAUGUUCCUGUCAGAAUUUCGGCAAAAUUGUACCGCUGAUGUCUCAAUCACCAACAACGGGCAAAACAAAUCCAGAAAAGUGAUCGGCUGUCUUUGUGGCAGAAUAUCACUUUGACCCCCCUUUAGACUCAUUCACCGGAAACUUUUGAAUUGUAGGCGAGCGAGGCCUUGUGAGAGGCCUCGCCGGGCCUCGACUCUGAAUGUACGCGACUCCGCGUGGACGCGCAGCGACGGCGGCGGUGGCUAUGAAUUAGGAGGAGGGAAUGUUUACGCAAGUGACGGAAGGCACGGGAAGGUCGCAGGAAGAUUUGAGAGAUUGUAGACCAGUUUUAAUGUUGAGCCAAGACGGGGAGGAGGACGUGUGCGUCUUUGGGUUGGUUCAAGGAGGAUCCAGUAUGGGCGUAAAAUCAAAUAUUAAAGCACAACCGGGAGGUGACCUGGGUGGUUCCUGGGGUGUCGGAGAAGCCGGGUCAACCCCUUUGAGAUCAUCGUCAUUAUGGGUUCGAAUCUGGAUUUCAGCCACGACUCGUUGAACCAAAGCCUCAUCGAGUUGAGCAGUGGACUUGUCCCUGGUGACAAGUGACCACGAAAUAAACGGGACAGAGAAUCCCCGCGCAGAGCGCAGCACCUCUUGGCGCAACCAACGUCUCCUAUUUACAUAGAAACGGAUUUGCCUUUGGGGGCAGUGGGCAUUGUGAAGGGCAGCAGUGGAGGGGUUGGGGGGGAAGGCAGCAAAGGGUCACGGUGGGCAGCAACAGAUAGUCUGUGGUGGGGGUAGUCGGCAUUGUGAAGGGCAGCAUUAGUGGGGUUGGGGAGGUGGGCAGCCGGGGUGACGGCGUGUCAUCAUAUCACGUGCAGGUCAGGUGACUCCCCCCCCAUACCUGCAUAACACUCACCUGUACAUACAAUACAGGUAACCCACCUGAACUGGCAACACUCCUCUGCACAUCACAUCCAGUGUGUGUGUUACUGAAUUUCAAAAGGGGGGGACGGGAGUCGGAAUGUAAGUUAAAAUGUAAUUAUCUCUUAUAAUUAUUUUUAAAUAAAUGUACUUUUAACAGCAAAACACUAAUAAUUGUACCAGUUAUAAUCAAACUCGCCGGGAGCAUGUCGCGGUGCCUUCUGGGAUUCAUGGCGAUGCCUGAUCCAUCGUUAUCGAUCACCAAUGUUGAUCACCAUCGUUUAUCAUCAUCGGCAUUGUUCUUGAUCACCAUUACUGAUCAGCAUCGAUUUUAUUGAUCGGCAUUAUUCACCAUUAUUGUACCUGCACAACGCGACAAUAAAAUCGCGCUAGAGCCUCUCUCUG